AUGAUCUCCCCCUUCUCCCCGCUCCCAAACUACAUCCUCGGCACCGGGCUGACCUUCGUCGGGCUCCUCGGCUUCGUCAAGCCGCUCGCCGUUUAUGACGCCUUCGGCAUCGCGCGGCCGCUGUCCCCCGACCAGCCGGCGGAGCCGUUCAGCUACGCGAAAGCCGGGCGUGACCUCGCGACGGGGCUGUUGUUCAUACUGCUCGAGACGUACCAGGAGGGCAGCGGGAAUGAGGACGCGGUGACGAUGCUGUGGGCGACGACGGCGCUGGUGGGCAUGGUGGACUGGUGGGUUGUAAGGAGCAUGGGCGGGAAGGAGCUGCAGGGGAAGAGGUGGGUGCAUUUGGGCAGUGGGAUUGUUUGUGCUGGGUUUGCGGUUUGGAGGGCGAUGUGCAAGUUCUGA